AUGCUAGUCAAAUCGAAGUCCCCAACGCCUUCCACGAGCUCGCGGCCCCGCCAGCUGCAGAGCCUGAGUCUAGUCAGAACAUAUCCCAAGAUCAAAGUACGUCCCUUGGCGGAGCUGCUUAAGCAGGAGAUCCUAGCCGUCACCCAGGAGAACCGCCUGCGUAGAACUGGCGCACCGGAUAGGUCCGGCCAACGUUUGUUGCACAGACCUGCACCCAAAAAUCGCCGACUUACUGUGUGUGGCUUUGGUGAUGCGCCAGCCAGUCCCACCUCCAUCAAUAGUCACCUCGCGAACCUGGACAAGGAGAGUCUCAAGUUUAUAAUCAACAACAGUGACACGAUAUACGACGAGCCGCUCAAGUACCAGGCCCGCAAACGACUGCGCGAGGAAAUUCGUCGCCAGCUCAAGGAGUUUCAAUUGGAAAAACCCAAGGAUAGCCCGGCCACCGAACUGAUUGAAGACGAGAUCGUUGAUGCCAUCAAAUUGCCAACGUGCCUGCUGCAAGAGAUUGAAAAGUGCUUUGGCAUACACAUAUCAGAGUCAGAGAAGCAGGAAAUAAAGUCAGAGCCCAUAAAAAUCAAAACAGAUCCUGGCAUUAAAAGCGGGGAGUGCAUCAAAAGUAGUUCAGAAUCAGAAGACAACUCUAGUCCUCAGUGCAGUAAAAAGAGUCCAAGGAAAGAACAAAAUUCCAGUCCUCAAGGGCAGUGCAGCAAAAGGAAGGACAGCCCAGCAGCAGAGACAAUGGCUGGUGCCAGGGAUCUGAUGACACGGCUCAAAGCCGCCGACGAGGUCAAGACAAUGACAGCAGUGCGUCAAUAUAAUGGCCGUCCCAAUGGCAGCUUCCCGCCUCGUGGUCCCUUGCUGCCAUUCCCAAAACAAGACAAAAAGUUGAGCAAUAGCGCAAGAGCGGAGCGUAAAACAAGCGAAUCCUCGCCCAAGAAAGCCAAACCAAAGGAACAAGCGAAAUUGAGCAAUCCAAAGGCUGCAAGUCCAGCCAAGGUGGCCACCCCAGAACCCCCACUAGCGAUCAAACAGGAGAUCAAAGACUGCGAAAUAGUUCUACCAGCGUUUAAUACCACAAUAGUUGUCAGCUCCUCCUCGGAUGAAGAUGAGGCUGACGAGGAUGCGACCCAGAAGCAGACACAGCCGCAGCCGCAGCGGCAGGCGGUGGCCAAGCCAGGAACCAACGAUGAUGAAGCCAGCGAUCACUCCACCAGUUCUCAAGGCAGCACCGAGUCCUCCAAGCGACGCUACAGGCAGAAGCUAAAGAGCGACGCCGACAAUGUGGUGGACAGUUUCGAGAAGUUGAUCCUGCCGCAUCUCAAGGAAUCGCUGGCCGCGAAUUACAGAAGCCAGCACAGCGGCAGUCAACACAGUCGUCUGCACUUUAUAUCCUGCGUGGUGACAUCCAGCGAGCACAAUUCGCAAAACGUCAGCAAAAUGGAAAUUGCCAAAGUGCAAAAGAAUCUCAAGUUGAACAACAAUCGGCUGGGCAUUGAGUUCCUGCUGCGGCACAUUGUCCAUGUGGUUAAUCAACAGAAGCAGCAGGCGGCGGCGCAGCGGCGCAAGGAACAGGAGGUGCAGAAGCUGAGUAAUGGGAUUAGCACGGCGACGAGUGCCGCCACAGAGAAUGCUGAAUCCGCAAAAGAGACACCGACGCCGCCGCCGUCACAUCAAAAAAUCGUGGAGGAAACUGCACCUGUCACUUUGCCACCCCCCAAUGAAAGUCCUCGUCAGAGUUCUCCCGCGCUGUCUGCUUAUCAGAGUUCUCCCUCGCUGUCUGCUUAUCAGAACUCUCCCGCGUUGUCUACUCAUCAGAGUCCAUCAGCGCGUCAGAGUCCACCAGCAAUGCCACCGCGUCAGAGUCCACCUGCGUUGCCACCGCGUCAGAGUCCGCAAGCGUUGCCACCGCGUCAGAGUCCACCAGCAUUGCCACCACGUGCGAUUAACCCACCGUUUGGUGUUUUUCCACCGGGAAUACCAUUUCUGGAUUCCACACUGUCUCGACAUUCUCCAGGCGGCUAUUCCCUGUCGGAGCCCAGUGAACCAAUGGGACUUUUGGUUGACAUGGUGGCCCAAAAUCUGGUCGACAUCGAUCGCCGUCUCUUGGAGAACCAGAACCGACGCAGCUUCCUCGACGAAAUGAUCAUGAAAUUCCAAAAGGAGAAAUCCGAUUUGGAAAUGCACAGCCUGGAGCUGCAAAGCCGCAAAUUUCUGCUAAUCAAUUCGGCGAUCAGCCGGAAGCAUGGGCCGACCACUGCAUCAGCUGUGAUGAUGGCCACUCUGCCACCACCGGCCUCGCCGCCUCCGACAGCAGAGGGCCAGGAAGCCGCUGCAGGGGAGACUUCUAGCCAAAACAAAGCCCCGAACCAAACACGAGCCAAGCCAAAGGGCCGCGUACGUCGGGCUGUGGUGGUCAAGUAUUUGCCCAAACGUAGGGUCAGAUUCAAUCGUCGGGCAGCCAAGAGAGAUGAUAAUUCCGAUGAGUUGGUGGCACAGCUGAAGCUGGAGAUGGCAGCCAAGGAGCAGACAGAAAAGUCAAAAGAGAACGCACCGGAAAUGCCCAUGCCUAUGAUGGAGGAGGCGGCGAUCAAAGAAGAGCCCAUUGACGUUUGCAAUAUAAUGGAGGUGCAGGUGCAGCGUCCGAUCAUCACCGAAAACGGUGCCAGCAACAACAAACGCUCGGCGGAACCCACUCCGGCGGCCCAUUCCACCAAGCCCAAGCAGUCGCGCAACAGCAAACCAAUCACCAGUACAGUAUCGGGAUCUAAUCCUAACCAGCAGCCGCUGGCUAUUAUACCACCGCUACCACCACCGCCGCCGCCGCCAGAACCGAUCUACAACAUGCCAUACCAGCUGCCGCGAAGCAUUCUCAAGGCCCCACCGCCACCACCCACGCCCCCGCCUCUGCGACAGCUGUCGGUGCAGUCUAACGGGACCAUGGAAUCGGACUUGGGCUUCGUACGCAAAGGCCGCCUGCACUCGGUCGUCAGUCCGAUCACCCAGAUACGCAUCUUUAAGAAUUACAUAUUAGCCGCGGCCGAGGAUGGGGACAUCUACAUCUUCAACCUGCACAAUCACAAGCUCGAGCGUCAGAUACCCAAGCACGGCGAGGCCAUCACGAACAUGCAUCUGUGCGAGAAGGAGUCAUUUCUGUAUACCACAUCGUUGGACGGCUUCCUCAAGAAAUCCUCAUUGGAGAAUCUUGAGAGUGUGCAGCAAACGGUGUACGUCAAGGAGCCAUUGCAAUCGAUUGAUAUUGCUUGGGAUGCGGCAUUUAUUGGCAGUCGCUGGGGUCACAUCUUUGUCUACAAUGUGGUGACAAACAAAAUGAUCGAGUCGCCACUGCUCUCCACGGGCCAGUCCAUUAUUGCUGUCAAGGCCACCAUGGAGGGCCUGAGGAAGAUCAUCAUACUUGGCUGCAAGGGAAACUUUGUGUAUUUGCACGAUGCGGCCACAGGUCUGUUGCUGCGCCGCCUGGGCGUGCCCGACGGACUGAACGUCUAUAGUUUGCUUCUCAAUGACGGACAUAUCUACUGCGGCACGCAGAAGAACGAGAUCUACAAGUUUGAGUUCACAAGUGGAAAUCUGGUCACCAAGCUGAGCUGCGGGAACGGUGCCGUCUCCAUGGUGAGCUUCAGGGACAGAUAUUUACUGAUUGGCUGCUAUGAUGGCUUCAUUUACGUCCUGGACAAGCAUAAGGGCACCCAGGUGGGUCGAUUCGAGGGCGCUGGACGCUUGGUACUGGCGCUGGCCAUAGCCGGUGAUAGUAUCGUUACAUCCUCGAAGGAUAACUCCUUGGAGGUGCUCGAAAUUCCACCCGGAAUGCUAAAUGUUGGACAACAAUGAGAUUACACAUAAAUAUAUAUAUAGAAUAGAUGAUAGAUCAGAUUUAAUUUAACAAUUUUACAAACACACUCGCACGCGCACUUGUUUGUAUAUAACUUUACAAUCAUACUGAUGUUUUAAUUUUUUCAUUUUGUUUUGUUUUUUUUUUAUAUUUACAAUUGGGCAUGUUUUUGUGUUUAAAUAUGAUUUCCUUGAAGAAAUAACCAAUUUCUACGCCAUGAACCGAGUAAAAGAAUAAAGGGAAGAGCGCCAAUAAAACGAAUAUGAAUAAUAUGUAC